AUGCAAGAUAUUUACCUUAUAACACAAAUAUUUGCAUUUGAUGAUGGUUGUAUAACAUUACAAUUAAACAAAUUAGUUCAAAAACAUAAACAUCAAAAUAUAAAAACUUUUUGGAGAUAUAAUUAUAAUGCUUUACUUUACUUUAUUAAUAAUUAUGCAGAAAUACAUGGUUUACUAUUACCAGGUUGUCAUGUGCAUCAAGAUGCUUACCAAACUAUUUACUUUCCAACAGCUGAUACAAAAAGAAAAAUUUAUAAUUUAUAUAUAGAUUCUGUAGUAAAUUUUGAUGAUGCAAAAAUGGAUGAAUCUACUUUUUGCCAUUUAUGGGAUAUUUAUAUACCAGAAAUUCAAAUUAUGUCACCUCAAUCAGAUCUUUGUGAAGUUUGUCAACAUCUCAAAUAUGAAAUUUCACAUAAUUGUGAUGAUACCAUUAUUAAAACCAAUAAAUAUAUUAUACAUAUUAAUUUAGCUCAUGGUGAGUGA